AGUUUUCCCAACUCAAUCCCUAGAUCAAGUACUUCCAAAGAUCAAGUUUUCCCAACUCAAUCCCAAGAUCAAGUACUUCCAAAGAUCAAGUUUUCCCAACUCAAUCCCAAGAUCAAGUACUUCCCAAGAUCAAGUUUUCCCAACUCAAUCCCAAGAUCAAAUAAAUACCUACACCAUUUUUGUCUACUCAACCCUUCACCAAGUUUCCCAUACUUCUGUAACAUGCACAAUUGUAUCCCCUGAACACAAUAAAACACAUGUAAAUAAAGCAACAAUUGAUAAAAGCCCUGCUUCAAUUUCCCCAUGCAUACCUGUAAAGCUAUCCACUGAAGUUUUGAUCAUUCGUUUACUGAAUUUCAGCUAAAUAAUGUGAAUGAAAUGCUUGAAUUUCAACAUAUCAUUCCAUUUUGAGUGUG